AUGUUUUCCGUGCCUCGCAUCGCUCCCUCCUCGAGGAACAUCCUCAGCCUGGCUUCGCGCCAGAUCCCCGCUGCUUCACAGGGCCUCUCGACCACGGCACCUGUUCACAAUGGCGUAUCUUUACUACAAGACAAGGAGAAUGGGUUUGGCUUCGCCCGAUCUAACCCCAGACCCCCAAAGCCCCGGUCCAAGGGUGUCACCGAGAUUAGAGGGCCAUACUAUUCGGUUAUGGGUAAGCGAUACUUAUCCGAUGUGCUCGAGACAAUGGGCGAGCAUGUGGAUGGGUUGAAAUUCUCCGGGGGCUCCUUCUCCCUCUUCCAGGAGAACCGUCUGCGCGAGCUAAUUGACUUGGCCCACGAGAAUGGGUCCUAUGUGUCUACGGGCGGCUGGGCCGAGCAUCUUCUGACACACCCUGAUCCGAACACCGUCUUCGACAGAUACCUCACCAAAUGCAAAGACCUAGGAUUCGACGUCAUCGAACUCUCAUCCGGAUUCCUCUCAUUCCCCGAAGACGACUGGCUGCGCCUGGUAGACAAAGUCCACUCCUACAAGCUGAAAGCGAAGCCCGAGCUGGGCAUCCAGUUCGGCGCGGGAGGAGACACCUCAGAGGCAGACCUUGAAGCCAUCGGCACGUCGGACCCAUCCAAGCUGGUCAACCUGGGACGGCGAUUCCUGGACGCCGGCGUGGAGCGUCUCAUGAUCGAGUCCGAGGGCAUCACGGAGAACGUGCGCUCGUGGCGCACCGACGUGGUCUCAACGAUCAUGAAGGAGCUGCCGUCGGAGCGGGUGAUGUUCGAAGCUGCUGACCCUAAGGUGUUUAACUGGUAUAUUCGGGAGUUUGGCGUUGAUGUUAACGUCUUCGUCGACCAUAGCCAGAUCGUGCAGCUGUCGUGUCUGCGCCAGGGUAUUUGGGUUGUUCGGACGGCAUCGCGGGGUGUACUACGGAGAUUGAAACACGCCAAUUCCUCUUUCACUCCCAACGGUAUCUACCGAAUUCCUCAAUUCCAGCCCACAGUCUCCGUCUGGGCAGUGAUCGUGAUGCCGCGGGCCAGUCUGCCCUCCGGAGCCCGACUCCGCUGUCGCCGUGCAUGCGACAGCUGUAAGCGACGGAAACAGAAAUGCAACGGCGAGCAACCAUGUACGAUAUGUAUCCAACGAAAUAAAGAUUCCGAAUGCCAUUUCUCCGACAAGCCGGCCCGCCUGCUGAAGCCGAAUACGAGCGCCACAGACACUAUGUUGUUGAGCGAGCACAUACUGCCUACCCCGCAGCGGGAGCCAGCCAUGGAUCGGUUACUGAACUCGCUCGAGGAUCACAGCGGCACCACGGAGCAGCAGGCGGUGGAUGACAGGGACGGUAUGGCGCCAGUACCCAAGGUGGCGAGACUUCUACAGGACGGGCAGGGGAAAUUCAUGUAUAUCGGGGAUUCAGCCAGCUUGUCAUUUCUGCAGAGCGUCCGGCGCAUCGUGUCAGCGUCUAUUGGGAGAUGCGAGUUCACGGAGGACAACUCGCGUCACUCGAUGCUGGAAGCUUUUCAGAACAGUUCCACGCCGCAAACCGGCUCAUUGGUCCCUCCUCCGUGUCAAGAUGAGGCGCAGCGACUGGCCAACCAGUACGUGCUUGCGACCAGCCCGCUGCUCGACCUCUUUGAUCUUGACGAGUUCUAUUCCCGGCUGGUCGGUUGGGUAGACGACCCGUCGGGAGAUGAGGACACCGUCAGCUCGAUCUUCUACCUAGUCAUGGCUAUCGGGGCGCAAGCAUCCGACAUUGACCAGACCUCCGCCGAGCAGUACUUUAUCAGUGGCCGCCAAUUGGCAUUCUCCGCCUUCACCGAGACCCCGAGUAUCUACACUAUCCAGUCGUACGUGUUGAUCUCGAUGUACAUGCUCGGGGCUUGCCGUCGUAACGGAGCCUUCAUGAACCUAGGAAUCGCCCUGCGGGCCGCCUAUGCGGUAGGAAUCCACCGGAGAGAUGCGAACGCGCUCUUCUGCGCGCGCGAGCGACAGGCCCGCGAGCACGUAUGGAGAAGCUUGCGGAUGAUGGACCUCUUCCUCAGCUCCUCCCUCGGUCGUCCGCCCGCCACGUCGGAUUUCGACUACGAUGCCGCGACCGCCGCAGGGACCCCACUGCUCUCUCCGGAAGAACAGCUCUCCACGACGGUCGUCUCCUUAUGCCACAUCUUCGAACGCAUCCUAACGGAGGUCUACAUGAAACAAGUAGUCUCGCUCCGCGUCGCAGACGCUAUCUCCAAUCAACACCGGACCUGGGUCCGGAACCUCCCCAGCUUCCUCCAGCCCGAGACGCAGCGGCAAGACGACACACAAACCGAGAGAAGCACACUCGCGGCGGCCCAUAUCCUCGGCACAUACUACUGGUCCAUUAUCCUACUAACAAGACCAUUCCUCAUCUAUCGCAUCUCCCACCACGUCCACCGCAAUCGCGAAUCAACAGGCACCGCCGACUCCCAAAGCAACAGCACCUCCCGCAUAGCCCUAUUCGCAGACGCAUGCGUGUACUCCGCCCUCCGCUGCCUCGACCUCGUCGACGGCCUUCACUCCCAACAUACCUCUCUCCCACGACGCCUCCCCUUCCUCAUCAACUCCGUCUUCAACUCAGCCGUCGUCCUCGGCGCCGCCUUCUUCGCAGACUACGACAACCUCCUCCCGCUGGAAGACGGGAUGAACAAAGCCGAGCGAUUCCUGGACCUGUUCGUGCCCCACGAUCCGCACGCUUGCCGCUUCUUCCAGAUCGUAACGUACCUGCGCGCCGCAGUCACAGAGUACGUCCGUCGGCGUAACCGCCAAUGGAUGGAGCGCCGCAGCAGACAAGUCGACCAGCUCUUCGGCCAGGUCGGUCCCGUCAAGGACAAGUCUCCGGCGGCUGGGACAGCGAUCGACCCCUCCGUCCCAACCCCACUAUCAUCCCCCGGGAAAAUCCUCAGCGGCGCCCCAACACAACCAGGGGACCCAAACACCACAAUGACACCCACCCCCAGCGCACCCACGAACCCACCCGAGCACGACAUCUGGAGCACUCUAUACAGCAGCGGCGAUCCCACCACUCUGCCCUACGACGCGGCAAUCUCCACACUAACAACGACGGGUAUUCCCGUGGGGUGUUUCCCAGAGGAUGAACGAACCAGCCAGACGCCUCUCUCAGAUAUGAUCCUGUCUGACAAUGGGCUGUUUUACUCUGCGGAGGAUGUGCAUGUUUUUGGACUGUGGGGGGAGAAUUGA